CCAAUCUGGUGAGUCAUGGACGCCCUGGUCCGCCUCUUGCAGCUGCUGGUGCUGCCUCUGACGCUGCCCCUGCACCUGCUGGCUCUCCUGGGCUGCUGGCAGCCCGUGUGCAAAAUGUGCUUCCCCUACCUGAUGGCCGCACUGACGGCCAAGUGAAACCGCAAGAUGGAGAGUAAGAAACAGCAGCUCUUCAUCCAGAUAAAGGGGCUUGCGGGAGCCUCCGGGAAGGUGUCCUUGCUGGAGCUGGGCUGAGGCACUGGGACCAACUUCCAGUUCUACCCAGCGGGCUGCAGGAUCACCUGCCUGGACCCAAACCCCCACUUCGAGAAGUUCCUGAUCAAGAGCAUGGUGGAGAACAGGCACCUCCAGUAUGAACAGUUUAUGGUGGCUUCGGGAGAGUACGUGAAAGGACUGGCGGACGGCUGCAUGGAUGUGGUGGUCAGCACCCUGGAGCUGUGCUCCGUGCAGAGUCCGAAGAGGGUCCUGCAGGAAGUCCACAGAGUGCUGAGGCCGGGAGGAGUGUUUUUUUUCUGGGAGCAUGUGGCUGAGCCACGUGGAAGCUGGGCCUUUCUGUGGCAGCAAGUUUUAGAGCCCACCUGGAAACACAUUGGGGAUGGCUGCUGCCUCACCAGAGAGACUUGGAAGGACCUCGAGAGUGCCCAGUUCUCUCAACUCCAAAUGGAACACCAGCCCCCUCCCUUCAAGUGGUUGCCUGUUGGGCCCCACAUCAUGGGGAAGGCUGUGAAAUAACCCUUCCCGGAUUCCUGCCUCCAGCCAGAGCAAUCCCACCCACCGGCUAACCUGUCUUCUCCUGAGAGGGAUCUAGUCAGAAGCCAUUCCCCCCACUAGCCCCUCUCCUUCCUUCCCCCAUCUCUGCCUGGCAUCUAAUUUCAAUCCUUCCUUCCAAAGUAUAAAAGCUCUAUUCCUAACCUGACCACAGGGAGGAAAGCAA